GUUCAGAUGACUGUGUAUAUAUGCAGUUGGUGUUUGAAUGGCGAAGGGUGAAGUGAUAUGACCCUAUCAUGGAGACUCCCUGUGCUUUAGGCUGGUUUCUCCUCUGUCUACUUUCAGUCAGUGAAUGCAUUGACCCAAAAGUCAUUGGUAUUGAGGGCCAGAAUGUCACUCUGCCAUGUAAAUACAACACCAUAAAGCAAGGUGUAUCAGCCAUAUGCUGGGGGAGAGGAGCCAUACCGAACUCUGGUUGUAACAAGGAAAUCAUCUCAUCUGAUGGCACUAAAGUGACAUGGAGAUCUUCGGUUAGAUAUCAUUUAUUCGGGGUGCUGAAGACAGGGGAUGUCUCUCUCACAAUCCUCAAUGUCACUGUAAAAGACUCUGGACGAUACGGCUGUCGUGUGCAUGUUUACGGAUUGUGGAAUGAUGAGAAAUAUCAUGUCAACUUGAAAAUUGAGAAAGCACCUGUCCCGACAACAUCGCAGGCUAAUGUGAUCAUAACUCAGACCAUGGACAACCACACACACUGUAUGGAACACAGCGCACAGAAUAACAUCAGUCAUGUGACCACAAAUUCCACAGAGUAUUCAGACACAUCCACGCCACUUUACAACGAAUCAAUUUUGGAGCAGAUGACAGGUCAUAAGCUGCCUGUGAUCCUGGUGUCCAUUCUACUGGUUCUGACAGGGGUGGUGAUUGUGUCUGUACUUGUCGUCUUGAGAAAGCGAUGGAAAACAAUUGCUACGGUAGUCCAAAUUAUUCUCCAGGAUGUGUCACUACCGGCCGUGAUUGGGAGUCCCAUAGUGCGGCGCACAAUUUGCCCAGGAGUCGUCCGGGUUAGGGAUUGCCCGGGACCAGAGCACUCUGUCAGCUCAGUCCUGUACAGCAACUCAGAGUCCAGCUUGGGUGUGCAUACUCGAGAGAUAGCGGUGGAGAACGUCUAUCAAAUAGAUGACAACGAGAGAGACGACUAUGAGGAGUGCCCCCGACAAAGCAUGGACACAUCACCACAGUCACGCUGUUAACACGCGGUAGCUCUGUGUUUACAGGGCUGAGUCUGAACUUAUAGGCUAAUGAUUCAACCGGACAAGACAAGCUACUAUAAAAUCAGAUGCUUUUUGGUGAUAAAUGAGUAAAACUUUACUUAAUUUGUAUAUUUUAAAUGUUUGUUUGAAAGGAAAAACUCACUAAUAUGGCUAUCUAUGUGUAUUCAGCACUAACAGUGUAGGUUUCAAUUACAAUGACUGUAUUUUCUUGAUGUAGUAAGCCAUUGUUGUGCCUAGACCCUUCCACGUCAAAAUAACAGCACUUACAGUUUAUCGGGGCAACUCUAGCAGGGCAGAAAUUUGACAAACUGACUUGUUGGAAAGGUGGCAUCCUGUGACGGUGCCACGUUAAAAAUCUCUGAGCUCUUAAUUACAGGCCAUUCUACUGCCAUUGUUUUGUCUAUGGAGAUUGCAUGGCUGUGUGCUCGAUUUUAUGCACCUGUCAGCAACGAGUGUGGCUGAAGUAGCUGAAUCAACUCAUUUGAAAGGGUGUCCGGAUAUUUUUGGCCAUGUGGUGUACUUAGGUGCCGAUCAAAUCAAAUUGUAUUUGUCACAUACACAUGGUUAGCAGAUGUUAUUGCGAGUGCAGCAAAAUGCUUGUGCUUCUAGUUCCGACAGUGUGGAAAUAUCUAACACGUAAUCUAACAAUUCUACAAAAACUACCUAAUACACACAAAUCUAAGUAAAGGAAUUGGAUAAGAAUAUAUACAUAUCAAUAUAUGGACGAGCAAUGACAGAACGGCAUUGGCAAGCUGCAAUAAAUUGUAUAAAAUACAGUAUGUACACAUGAGAUGAGAUAUUAAAGAUAUGUAAACAUUA